AUGCAGUGCAUGGAAAUUGGAGUCAAAGAAUCCUCCUGUUCAAUGACCAACGCGACAUGUAUCUGCGCGGAUAUCCCAUUACAAGCCAAUCUGACUCUCUGUGUUGAGACCAGCUGUACAGUCAAGGAAGGCCUAACCACGAAAAACCUCAUGAGUACCAUGUGUCACGAGCCAAUCCGCGACAAGUCCAAUAUCAUCGUCGUUGUUAACUCUGUGUUCAUGGCGCUUGCUAUUGUUGCAACUUUGAUUCGCAGCUUACAAUUUCAUAAACAGUUUGGACUGGAAGACAUGUUUGCCAUUGUGGGACUACUUUCGGCGGUUGUCAUGGGUGCGUUAGAAUUUCUCAUGAUCGACGCAGGCUAUGGAAGAGACAUUUGGACAAUAUCUUUCGCGAACAUCGAGCUAAUCCUUAAGAUGGCUUUCCUUUGCCUCUAUCUCAAGAUCUUCCCCAAUAUCGGCCUACGGAGAGUGAUAUAUGCUCUGAUGGGAUUUACGACUCUUUAUUUCCUGAUCUUUACCUUCGGAGUCUGCUUCAAUUGCCUUCCUGUUACGUACAUUUGGACUGCCUGGACUGGUGAAACUCAAGGCAGCUGUCUAGAUUUCAAUGCGUUUGGAAUUGCGUGUGCUGUGAUCAACAUAGUCCUCGAUGUGGUCGUGAUGGCCUUGCCCCUUCGCGAGAUAAUCAAGUUAAAUCUCAAGCCCAGGAAGAAAGCCCCGGUCAUGGUCAUGUUCUGCACUGGAUUCUUUAUCACGAUCGUCAGCAUCAUUCGCCUCAGGUCCGUCGUGACCUUUGCCAACACAACCAAUGCAACCUAUGACUAUGUGCCAGUGGCAUACUGGUCCCUCAUCGAGUCCUACACUGCGGUCUUCUGUAUGAGCAUGCCAGCCAUCCGCCGCUUCUUCAAUCGCAUUCUCUUCACGUGCUGCGGCAUUGCCGACUCGUACCAGCAAGAAUCGGAUCCGAAGUGUGACUCGAUGGCACUUCACCGCCACACUCGCUCCAGUAAUCGCUCCAAGGAUCUGUCUAGCCGAAGGACUGUCAAAACCUCUGUCAGUCGGGAGCCUCUCGCACGACGAGACUCAGAUGCGGUGGAAUUGGUGGAUGUAGACUAUGACCGUCCACUCCAAGGGCAUGGUUAA